AUGGCAAAGAAUGAUUUGAAUAGUCAGUUUUGUAGUUUGACUCAUGAUGAACUAAGCUCUUUUUUGUCGAAGUAUCGAUUUCCCCCGGGGUUAGGGUAUAUGCUUCAAGAACCCCAUCAUAUAGCAACCAGUGUUCCUGAAGGAAAAAUUGCCCUUUAUUGUUCCUCCUUCGAAUGCGGUAAUAUCCGGCUUCCAUUCACCGACUUCUAUUGUUCCGCUUUUAACUAUUUUAAAGUUCAUGUAUCACAAGUUAACCCUUAUGGUAACAUCCGUGUGGGUAUGUUUGAGUUAUGUUGUCGAGCCCAUGAGAGUGUACCUACCGUUACUUUGUUCCGAAGGUUCUAUAAGCUGGCCAAGACCGGUAGUUGGUACACAUUUGAAAAACGCUCUGAGGAUGAGGUCGGGGAAUGUGUGGUUGGGCUACCAGAGUCCAUAAAAGGCUGGAAAUCUAGAUUUUUUUAUGUUGAUGCUUCUGUUUUCCCUGCUAAUUUUUAUCAUGCUCGAAUUAUCCGCAAAAAAUCCAAAGGGAAGAUGUCUGAUGAUCUUCCAUACCAUGGCUUUAGUUUCGCUCUUGUGGAUAGGAAGAGUGAUCAUCCUCUUCAUUACCGUAUUGUUCAAGAGCCUAUUCUCUACCUUGCUGGCUUAUCUCAAUCGUGGGACUAUCACCCUGCUGUUCCGAUAAUACGCGUUAGAGGGGAGGUGAUGGGUCUCUCUAAGUUUCUUAAAGGUGGGUAUAACGGUGGGACGUUUACUCCAGAUCCUCCUACUGCCGUUGCCGUGGCCCUUAGGGAUUUUUCUAAAGAGAUAGCUACUACCAGAAGAUACGGUGGUGCUGCUAAAGCUGUUUUAGAAGCUUCGGUGCACGCAGGGGAGGGUGAGAUUGUUGGUUCUUCUGCCGCUCCUUUAUUAGUUACUCAGAGACCUUUUGGCACCGUUGCUGCUCCAAAAAAAAAAGGAAAGUUGCUCCUUCUGCUUCUAGCAUACACCUUCAGCGAUCGCAUGGAGGGUACUUCUUCUGGAGCCCCUAAGCGAUCCAUCACUCAAAUGCUUACGGGGGCUCUUUCAGGUCCUCCUAUUAGAGGUAUAAGACUUGUUUCAGGGGGAAAACAUCUCGGAAUUUCAAGUGGUCCUUGGAAGGGUAAAGGAAUCAUGGGCUCGGAAAAAUCAAAUGCUAAGAAAACUGCUGAAACAGAGGUACUUAAAGCUAAAGGAAAGAUUGCAUCUGCUGAAGGAGGCAUUAAUGUUGCUGGUCCGUCAAGCAACGAUGAAUUGGAAAAGGGAGAAAAAGGUCAGGAUGGUGAGGAGUCUGAUGAUGAUGGAGGAAAGGAUCAGGAAUCUGAUAACAAGGAGGAAGGAGAGGAUAGCCAAAGCGAUGAUUUCUCUGGUAAUUAUACUGAUGGGUCCUUUAACUCUGAAGAAAACCCUUUGCCAAUUGUUAAAGGCCUUUUUGAUCCUCCUUUCAUUCGUGUCAAACAUAUGAGCACCCUUGAAGAUAGCGAGGAUCAACGCGAUUAUGUUCGCAACAUUAUGGUUCCUUACCGUAAGCGGGAGGCUGAGAAGAUGUCCAAUGGAGAGUUCAUUAACUAUGCCAAUGCAUCCUUGGUUGACAUUAUCACCUCACUGUCUGAGUAUAUGAGGCGAUUUUCAUUGACCGAUGAGGAUCGUUGCAAGUUGCAUCUUCAGAAUACAAAGUUAAAAAACAAGGUUGAGUAUCUCGAAGGUAGUGAAGGACGAGUUCUUGAGAGGAAAGCCCAUAGGGUCCUUCAUUCUGACCUUGACAACAAAGAACGACAAAACCUUGAGCUGCAACAAGAACUGAACAAAGUUCAGGUCGAGUUUCAAAAGGAAAAAACUAAGCUUCUCGAGCGGCUGGAUCUUGUGACUUCGGAUCGUGAUGCUUGGAAGGCUAAAGUUAAAGAUGCAAAGAAGCAAACCGAGAAUUUUUGUAUUGAUUUAGUUACAGAAAAAGAUAAUGUGACCCGUUUGCAGGGAUUGGUUAAUGGCCUUCGUUUGAAAGCUGCUAAAUACAAAGAGGAAACUAAAAUGGAGGUUUCAGAUAGGAAGCUACUUAUAGAGAGCUUGCCUUUGCUUUUCAUGAAGUUCUUAAAGAGUGAUGAGUUUAGUAAGGAGAUGAGUGUGGUGCAAACUCAUGCGAUGGAUGCGGGUGGGCAUCGAGCUAUAAAUGAUCUUAAAAAUCAGCUUCCUAGUGUCGAUCCUUCUACCUUGGCUGGUUAUAAUCCAGGGGCGUUUGAAAAACUUCUUUUUGCUGUUGCUAAGGUGGAGGAAAUAAAAUUUCCUUACAUUUCUAAGCUUGCUUCAAGUUCAGGUCUCUACUCCAGAAUUAUUGCAGCUCGAUCCAGAGGUCCUCCCGGAGGAGAACUAAGCUUUUAUCGUUUAUUAUAA